UUACAAAUGACCAGACCAGUCCCUAAUCCGAAAAUAUUAGAUUUCGCCUUUUAGCAAAUUUAUGGUAAAACUACAUUUAUUAAAGAUUGAUUUAAUGUUUUAAUGAUAAACAGUAUCAAGCAAAAUAAAUUCUGAUUUGACUUGUAAUUUUGGUAUGACGAGGUUUAGGGAAUAAAGACAUCUAUUGGUCCCGGGAAAAUAUCACGUUCGCACCAUCCAACAUUUUAUGACCUAGAAUAUUGACUUCCGGUAUAAUAUUUAGCACGUUAGGAAAUGCUGAAAAAUGUAUUUUUACAUUCUGUUUGAUUAUUUUCGAAGCUACAACGCCGCAGAUCGAUAAGGUAAAUAUAUGCAUUGAAAAAACUGGAAUACUAUCUAUAAAAAUAUGGUCGAGUGAGUAAACGAGGUAGAAUACAGUCAAUGAUGUAAACAGUAUGCAAGCUGAAGAAUUUGAUUCAAGUGGAAAGAGACAAGAAGAAACAUAUAAAAUUCAGCAACCUAACAAGACAGAUGAAUUACAUCUAGAAGAAGCCAACAGAAAUCAGCUUUCUAACAGAAAUGAUGAAUCACAUCUUAUUCAAAUCAAAGCUUCCAAUGAUGAGAUAGACAGAAGAAUAGCUGCUUUUAUUGAACAGAAAAGACAAGAAGUAGAUGAGUACAAUAGGAAAGAGUUCUGUUCUGUUUUCACAGAUGAGGACCCUGAUGACAGUUGUGCCAGGGUAAAUGCUGUAUUUUUAUCUAGACCUGGCGGAAAGAGCCACAUUAAAGUUUCUAAAGUAGUAAAUCUCUAUGGUCCACAGACACAGAUCACCAGUCCAUUGAAAAUUAAGGAAGAGAAACCAGAUGAUGUUCUUCCAGGAGUUGAAGAGAGGCUUCGUAACAUAGAGGAACAUCUUAAGAUCAAAACAGGUCCAAAGAUCAAUAAAACCAAUGUAUAUAGUAGACUGAAACAACUGGAGAACAGAAUUUUAUACCUGGAAGGAAUCUCUCCAGAAUACUUUGAUCGCAGUGUUCCUCCACAAAAACAAAGAAAGGUAGAUAGAUUUGUGAAACAGGAAACCAGUGUUGAUCAGGAAUUAAGUUUAGAUGAUAUUGAUGCCAAGAUGUCUACCUUGAAAGAAAAAUUAAAAAGAAAGUUUGUCAGUGGAAACCAAACUUGAGUCUGUAGAACACUGUAGAUUUAAUCCUGAAACAUAUACAUUCUAUUGCAAUCCUUGAUUUUAGUGAUUAUAACACUAUUACCUUGUGAAGCCAGAGCCAGAAGCGAGUUCAGCAUUUAUUGACAGGAAAUCAAUUCUUAACACUAUAUAUCAUUCCUUGAUGCAUGAAUUUGAUUAAAUUGUCAAUUCUUUAAUAGAAAUAAAAGUUGUGUUAUAAA